CAGCUCCUUUUGUUUGCCGUCAAAGAAAUGAUACAAUGAAACGAUUUCUUUGUCACAAUGCCCCACCAGUACUAGAUGCCUUCGCAUGCUGAUCGACGUCGUGAGAACUUGAUCCAGCACUGGGUUCUACACAAAAGCGCUUGUUAUUUUUCUAGACGCCAUGUACAAUUACGUCAACCCACGGAACGCAUGACACUACCUGUCCGGCCCCAACAGCGGCCAUGCAGCAACAUCUGAGGUGUAGCGGACAACACCUCCUCCAUCGUGUUUCGUUGCAGAGGGUGCCUAUCGCUGUUUAGAACUUCGUACGCUGCGAAGGCGCCGGAGAUUUGCUUCAGUCGCAUUUAUUAGUUGGGAAAGUCUUAGGCCGUAAUGUGGAAAUCAAGCUAGAAGUCGGCUGUGACUCGCUACGUGAUGUCUUGUCUGGGAAGACAUCAGUGGAAUGUUGUCGCCGGAAUGUAGAGUUUGAAGCAUUCCUGAGUUGUGAUACUGCCGGAAGGAAUUUACCUGCGAUGGCUCUGCACGUCCCCUUGUGGAGUGUUGAUAAAUGGGUGAGGCUCGCGGACCAGGACUCCAUCGAAAUCUCCUAUGUCGGUUAUAUUUUAGGUUUUGUCCUGUCGUGAGCUGAUCUCUGAUCAGUGACGAAGCAGAAUCAAGUUUGCAAUUGACUGAUUGCUGUGAGAUUUUUAGAAACGAUCCAAUCACUAGUUUUUUGAGGCAUAUAGGAAUCGGCUAAUACUCCCGUAAAGGGUUUGUGGGAUUGGAUUGAAGUUCGAGAUGGCUCUGCUAGCGCGAGCUGCAUCCUUCCCACCCUUCCCACGAGGUCGCGCGGGGAAGAGGAUCACCAUUUUGAGUAUUGAUGGUGGAGGUGUGCGAGGAGUGAUUCCGUCGACCGAUCUUUUUGCCAAGCAAGUCACGCAAAUCUACCUGCAAGAGGCUCCCAUCAUAUUCUCCCCCUUGAAAUAUGAUUUCUGUGGGCUUUGCGAAGCGUGGCGCAUGAUCAUGGGGCCACGCUACAGCGGGGUUGGACUGGUUGACAUAGUGACCCGCCUCUUAGGCGACGUGCGCCUCAAGGAUACGGUUACGAACGUGGUCAUUCCAGCCUUCGACAUCUGCAAUCAGCAGCCGGUCUUCUUCUCUAGCGCACGCGCGAAGAGGGACUCCUUGGGGGAUCCAACUCUAGCUCAGGUGUGUCAGGGCUCAUCCGCGGCGCCGACGUAUCUCCCUGCAGUGAAAUUCACAACCUCCAAUGACGCGACUGGGGAAACUCGCCACUUUCAUUUGGUGGACGGUGGCGUGGUCUGCAACAAUCCCACCACUGUGGCCAUCACGCAAGCAAUCAAGGAUUUGGAACCUGGAAAUACAGCAAACUCUGGGAGAGCUAUCUGGACUGGCUUCAAGGACUUUCUGGUGCUCUCGCUCGGGACUGGGGAAAUGCCAGUGAGUUACGACGCCAUGGAAGCUGCACACUGGGGCCUAAUAAGAUGGUUUCGCAACCGCGGGGAUGGAUCCGUUCCACUGAUCGAGAUUUUCUCCAAUGGGAGUGGUGAUAUGGUGGACUACAACUUGGGUCUAGUGUUCGGCAGGGAUGAAUCCUCUCAGAACUAUCUCCGGAUUCAAACCGAUGCCUUGGACGGGGAGAUAAGCUCUCUGGACAACGCCUCGGAGACAAACAUGCAAGAGCUGGUGGCGAUUGCCAAGGGCUUGUUGAUGAAGCCAGCAACAACACGCAACCUGGAGACGGGGAAGUUGGAGCCUUGCUCGGAUCUGAGCACGAAUGCAGAGCGACUGCUGAGAUUUGCGUUGUGGCUGUCGUACGAGAGGAGGUCGAGAAUUCGGGAUGGCAUGCUUCACCAGGUGUAAUUUGCAGAGACGACUUAUUGCUUUCAUCUCCAACAUACAAAAUAUAUAUACGUUUUUUGAAUAGUUCAAAUUUGAACCACAGAGAUGUUUUGGAGACAAAAUGUACAUCGAAGAUGUUAGCAUAGGGAGCGAAUACAAUUUUUGAACUAAAUUCUUUGUUUGGACGGAAGUUCAAACUUUCUUCAGAGAUGUAGAAAGUCUUUAGUGCUGAACCACUAAAUCUUAGAACUUGUGAGGACGAGAUUCCGGAGGUGGUGAAUUCUUGCCCAGAUGAGUCAUAUUCAAUUGGCGAGAUGCAAGGAACCUGUCUAAUUAAUGCCCGCUGAAUCAGGUUUUUUUUGGGUGCACAAUUCAUCUGUGGUAGCAGCCAUUUAGGGGUUCAAGGGUUAGAGGGAAGGAGUCACUACACCCCUGUGUAUUUCUUUUUGAAGAACAUGGAACAAAAAUAACCUUUGUUGUCA